AAUUAGCAUAUGCUAUGAGAGAUGGAUGAUGUAGAGAGGAAUUAGAGCAGUUUAGUAGUGAGAUGGUGAAUGAAGGGUGUUCUAAUUCAAGGCCAAUUAUAGCUUUUCCUCUGGGUCUUGGGCUUCUUGGAAUCGUCUUAAUCUGCAUAACUGGCUUCUUCUCUUGCUGCUACCAUUGGGAAAAGCUCCGGUCUCUUUUUGUUGGGUCUUCUACUGUUACUGAUUCUCAACUUAGUACCCAAUCAUCAGUUGAUGUUCGUAAUAAUUCACCUUCAAAACCCAUCAAGAUGCCGGAGGCUAAACAGGAGCAGAGCAUGACGAUAUUGAUGCCCGGAGAUGAUGUCCCCAAGUUCGUGGCCAUGCCUACUCCGCUGCCUAAGGGCUCCCGCUACGGGUCACAAACAUCUUGGGGCUCGGCUUAACGGAUUAAUCGGUCAAAAAAACUGGAUAGAUUUGUAGAGUUAGAUUGUUAAUAAGGAGAGGUGUACAAACAUUUUGAAGAAUCUGUAAUUGUUAAUAGAUGUAUGUUCUGCAUUUUAUCUACUAUACUAAGACUUAUAAUUGGGUGCCAAGUAGCGUGUAGUUCAAUGACAUCUCUGUAACUCUCUCAAAUGAGAGGUCACAAGUUCAAAUUCAGUGGUGGCAUUGACUUUUUCUGUUUCGAUAGGUUGAAAAAAGAUCAUACUACGUUGUAAUAGAGUGAGGAGUACUAAAAAAAAAUAUAAUUGAGCCGAAAUACAAAUAUGCUGAUAUAUUUGUGGAUC